CAGAGGCCUGAAGACGGAAGCUCGGCUACAGCAGCAUCAACAAUCCCGACAGGGAGCGAGCGGUCAGCGGUCAGACAGGAACCAUUUUAACGGGUUUAACUCAGAAACCCUGAGACUUUAGGGGCGCUGCGGACAUGUCGGUGUUCGGGAAGCUGUUUGGUGGCGGAGGGAAGGCGGGGAAAGCCGCGACCCCGCAGGAGGCGAUCCAGAAGCUCCGGGAGACGGAGGCGAUGUUGACCAAAAAGCAGGAGUUCCUGGAGCAGAAGAUCUCGGCCGAGCUGCUGACGGCCAAGAAGAACGGCACCAAAAACAAACGAGCUGCUCUUCAGGCCCUGAAGAGAAAGAAGCGCUACGAAAAGCAGCUAGCUCAGAUUGAUGGCACUCUGUCUACCAUCGAGUUCCAGCGGGAGGCUUUGGAAAAUGCCAACACUAACACAGAAGUGCUCAAAAACAUGGGCUUCGCAGCCAAGGCCAUGAAGAAUGCUCAUCAGAACAUGGACAUAGACAAAGUAGAUGACCUUAUGCAAGACAUUACUGAACAGCAGGAGCUGGCUCAGGAAAUCUCAGAUGCCAUUUCUAAGCCUGUUGGCUUUGGAGAAGAGUUUGAUGAGGACGAGUUGAUGGCUGAACUGGAGGAGCUGGAACAGGAGGAACUGGACAAUACCCUGCUGGAAAUUGGUGGCACAGAAAAUGUACCGCUGCCCAGCGUGCCUUCCACCUCAUUACCCUCCAAACCGACCAAGAAGAGAGAGGAAGAGGAUGAAGACGACAUGGAAGAGCUGAAGGCAUGGGCGAUGUAAAUCCAGCCUAAGCUGCCAAACUACCGGACUGUCUUAUCACUUGAUAUGGUUGAAGGAUGUUCAGAGUGGACCUGAACACCUUCAGAGGGUUAAUGUUGAGAAGCCACAUGUCUAGGAAGCUGUAGCUCUUGUUACUUGGUAAAAAAAAAAAAAACACCAGGAACACAGGGGCUACCCAGGCAAAGGGAUGUGAAACAGGCUAUGGAAGACAAGACAAAACAAAACAAAGAACAAUAAUAACAAUCAGUCAAAAUUUUAUCUGCGAAAAGCCCCCCGAUGGUCAUCUAUGAUUGACAUUCUUUUCCUAAUAUCCAAAUGAAAAUAGAGAUUCAUCAAAUUCUCAAAGCUUGUUGAGUGGCUUUUGUGUGAUUUAAGCCUCAUAAAAGGUCUACCUCUGUUUGUUUAUUGUAGUAGAAUUUGUCUUUAUCCACAUAGCCUGAUAUGGAAGGUGCCAGGGUUCCAGGUUUCAGACUCAUCCUGUCAUAAAGCCUAUUUGUUUUCAUAAACAUGCAAAUACUUGUUCAUAUACAGCUGAAUUUUCCUCCCUUUAGGUGCUCUGUUUCCUUAUUCGUGUUUGAGAAGGUCCACUUUGAAGCAACUCCAUUUAUAGAUAUAACACAGGGAAUAGAUUUGGGACAAUAGGUUUCUGUAAUGCUCCUUCAGCCUUGAUCUCCUUGAUCUAAAAGUGCUUCUUUUCAUGAAUGUUAUUUAAACAUCCAGGGUUGUUUUGAUAAUUUAUUUACAAUCAUUUGAAUAUAUUGUAGUUUAGUAACGUUGAGACGUACGAAAAAUUCCUCAACUCCCAUCCAUCGCAUUCCCAAUUUUCUCACCUCAACAGAUGAUGCAUCCUGCCAGAAACUGUAAUUGACGCUGUCAUCAGGCAUAGUACAUGGUUUGUACAAAGCACUCUCUGUCAUACCAUAUGAACUACAAACCAACCUACAGAUUAUGUUUGUCUUGCUCUAAUAUACUAAAUAUACUAAAAAUAAAAAGGAAGAUUGUAAGCAGAGGCUUAAGCUAGACCUUUUCCAUCAAACAUGGACUCUACGUGUUUAAAAAUAAAGGUUCCAAAGAGGGUUAUUUUGCUUGAUUCCAUAAUAAUAAGACAACUUUAGGUUCCUUGAAGAAUUUAAAAUGUGUGCUUCAUAUAAAAAAAAAAACACACUAUGAAAAGUACUCAACUUAAAGAUUCUUUAGGCAACUAAAAUAAGUCCUACUUCACUAGAAAGAACCCUUAUUUGGCCCUUUUAUUUUUAAGAGUGUAGGAGUUUACGGACAUGCUGUAUCUUUUAUAUAGAAACCGGGAUGUAAUGCGAGGUGUGUACAUUUGUAUGUUGGAGAUUAUCCAGAUGAGACUUUUAUUUGAAAGAUCAUUAAACUUUUUCUGAUUCUU